CCCUCGCCGGGUUGUCCCCCCCUCGAGGGUGCGCUUGGUACGGCCCGCGCCUCCUCCUUCUCUAGCUGGGGUGGUUGCCUCCCCCUCGGGUCGGCGGCGCUUGGUGCCGCCCGGGAGAACCAGGUCAUCGGUCGGUUCCCGUGAAAACAAAAACAAUCGGCGGCGCCUAGGCUGGCAGCCGAACGCGGGGAUCGGGGGCGCGGGGCCGGGUGGGACCAGCUAGCGGGAGCAGCGGCGACGCGCCGGGGUCAGGGCGCCAUGGGGCAGGCGGGCAUGGGCUUCGCCGGGGUCCCCCGGCGCCGGGGCUAGCGCGUCCGCCGCCUCGGCCGCCCGCGCCGCCCGCCUGGGGGACGAGGAGCAGGACGCGGCCUCGGCCGGGCCCGGGCCGAACGGCUGCGGACACCCGGGCACCGGGGAGCCGAACGCCGCCGCCGCCGCCUCCGGGAUGGAUCAGUGCGUGACGGUGGAGCGCGAGCUGGAGAAGGUGCUGCACAAGUUCUCAGGCUACGGGCAGCUGUGCGAGCGCGGCCUGGAGGAGCUCAUCGACUACACGGGCGGCCUCAAGCACGAGAUCCUGCAGAGCCACGGUCAAGAUGCUGAAUUAUCAGGGACGCUUUCACUUGUUUUGACACAGUGCUGUAAGAGAAUAAAGGAUACUGUUCAAAAAUUGGCCUCAGACCACAAAGACAUCCACAGCAGUGUUUCUCGGGUUGGAAAAGCCAUUGAUAAGAAUUUUGAUUCUGACAUUAGCAGUGUGGGAAUAGAUGGCUGCUGGCAGGCAGACAGCCAAAGGCUUCUCAAUGAGGUGAUGGUGGAGCACUUCUUUCGACAAGGAAUGCUGGAUGUAGCUGAGGAGCUCUGCCAGGAAUCUGGUCUUUCUGUAGACCCAAGCCAGAAAGAACCAUUUGUGGAGUUAAACCGAAUAUUAGAAGCGUUAAAAGUCCGAGUUCUGAGACCUGCUCUGGAAUGGGCGGUAUCAAACCGAGAAAUGCUCAUAGCCCAGAACAGCUCCUUGGAAUUUAAGCUACACAGGCUCUAUUUUAUUAGCUUGUUAAUGGGUGGAACUACAAAUCAACGAGAGGCAUUACAAUAUGCGAAAAAUUUUCAGCCAUUUGCCCUGAAUCAUCAAAAAGACAUUCAGGUUUUGAUGGGAAGCCUCGUGUACCUGAGACAAGGGAUUGAGAACUCACCAUAUGUUCACCUGCUUGACGCAAACCAGUGGGCUGACAUCUGUGACAUCUUUACACGGGAUGCCUGUGCCCUCCUGGGGCUCUCCGUGGAGUCCCCGCUCAGUGUCAGUUUCUCAGCAGGUUGUGUGGCACUGCCAGCUUUAAUUAAUAUCAAAGCUGUGAUCGAACAGAGGCAGUGCACUGGAGUUUGGAACCAGAAAGAUGAAUUACCUAUUGAAGUGGACCUUGGUAAAAAGUGCUGGUAUCACUCAAUAUUUGCCUGUCCUAUUCUUCGUCAGCAAACCACAGAUAACAAUCCACCCAUGAAAUUGGUCUGUGGUCACAUUAUAUCAAGAGAUGCCCUGAAUAAAAUGUUUAAUGGUAGCAAAUUAAAAUGUCCAUAUUGUCCAAUGGAACAAAGUCCAGGGGAUGCCAAACAGAUAUUUUUCUGAAGAAAUAACUUUAGUUUGCAAUUUGUAAGUGAAACUGAAUCGAGAGAACGUUCCAUUUAAUGCAGCUAACCAAGGACUCCCAUGUUUAUAUAAGCUAAUGCUCCGGAAACUUUGCCAACAUUUUAGUGUGUACACACUGAGGGGAGUGCUCCAGAUGAAUAUUAUCAUAGGGCUUUAUUAUAUUCUUGGUCUUCAUUUCUGAUCAAGUAAAUACACCAGCAGUUGUCAUUCAAUGCAGGUUUUUGUACUUAAUUAUAUGGUGAUUUUUUUACUUUUUAAGAGCAGAAACAGAAAUUUACCUUCCUGCCAUGUGUUUAAUAUCUCUCCUGCUUUUACUUUUGUCAUUCUCCUGAUAACUGUAAGCCUUGAGAAUGUUUGUGAAAAAGUUUUAUUUCCUGUUAUGUGUACAUAAUUAAAUGAAAAUUCUUCAGAAAAAGUUUGAAAAACUGAAUUAUGGUUAUGAAACUAAUUUGCAGGGGUUAUUUUGCUUAAGGAAGAGAGCUGUGAUAGAUUCCAAAUUUGUUUUUUGAUGUUUUCCUCUGCUUCAGCUCUCACCAAGUAGUCAGCAGACCUGCAUCUGAGGUCUGCUUGUAGCCCCAGCAGGCUGCCUGUUAUAAAAUUCCAUCACCAGUUUAUUAGCAGGUUGGUGUGAGCAGUCUUCCACUAGAACAGAGUGGAAGCAGUACUAUUGUUUCUUUGCUUUUAUUGCCAAGAGGUGCUUGUUUUAAAAGAGUGUUCAAUAAAACAAAAUUGUGACGUUAGAAGUGUUCUUAAGUUGAUAUUUGCUCUCUUGGUCUUGGUAGCCCUCUUCUGUCAAAUCUGCUUUCAGGACUUGGCUGUUUAUAUUGCGUUUGUAUAUCAUUGCAGGCACAGUGUUGCGUGUAUGUAUAUAUAUAUAUAUGUGUGUGUGUAUAUAUAUAUGUGCACCAGCAUCAAACAUUGUGUAUCUGGAGGGGAAGAAGCAUGUUCCGGUCCUAAAAUGCAGUUACCAGACUCAUCACUUUCAACCCUUAAACUUAGAAGCUAACAGAUUUUCUGUAGUGCAGAAUAUGUUCAUUGCUGUUUUUAUAUUUGAAUAGUAUACUGUUCAAUGCCUCUCUUCUGCAAAGCAUAUCAUCUCACUGACUGUGAAUCUGUAUAUUAUUCUCAUGGAUACAGAUAAUGAUCUUUUCUCUUGUGAGGUAUCUUCAUUUAAUGCACUGUCCAGAAAUAGCCAUGCGUAAGAGUCUUUCUCUGGAUGCUGAACUACGUGGAAAAGACUUCUGUGGACAUAAUUCUGACUUAAACCCAUGAAGUUACUUCAUUUUGAGAAGGACGUCAUAUGGAAAUCACCAAAUACUUUGCAACUCUGUGUCGUCUGACAUGGAACCGAAUACCAAUAGAGGAAAACUUUCAUGAGAAAAUGAAGAAAGAAGAAAACACAGAAGCAAAGAGAAACGUGACGCUUCACAUUUUAAACUGCAGAUUGACUUCGUUUGCGGGGGAGGGAGAUCCCAGAUUUGGUGCUAAGUUAAUUGGAAACGGGCAGCAUUUGCUGUAGUGUAUCCUAGCCUGGCUGGUGUAUCCUGAAAUGUUCACCUGAGGGAACGGGGAUUUGUUUGUAAAGGAAAGGGGUACUGCUUGAUUGCUGUGUGUGAUCAGGCUGAUGGCAGGAGGUACUGUGUGCUGGGGGGCUUAGCCAGGGAUCGAUUGGCCUGUCGAGCCGCUUGCCGUGCCCAGCCUCCGGCUCAGCCUCAUGGCUUUCCUGUUGGCACCCUCUGUCCACUAACACAGUGAAGGAAGGGAGCAGAGAGAAGCUCCUUGGACUCUAGGAGAAGGUAGAGAACUCCAGGCGACACUCUGGCCGAGGAUGUAAAAUUGCUUUAUUAUGUAUUUUUUCCUUUGAAUGAAACCCAGAGUGUCUUUUUUUUUUUUUUUUACCUUUUUCUCACUAGGCCAGAUGUAGUUUUAGUUUUAGUUACAACUUACUCUCACCUUUCCACCUCAAAUACCUGCACAACAUUUAGGCUUUACAUAAGGUUGGGACAAUACAGACAUUGCUCCAGAGGCUGGUGGUAAAUGUCUAUUGGCGGCCAGACACUUCACACAGCUGGCUCAGGCCAGUUUCAAGGAGAAAAUCAGGAGAGAGCUCUGCUUUGUCCCUCUCCCCGUGUUGGAAAUCCUGCUGACAGUUUUCUGUGCAGCUCAUGAAACUUUAGAAAGAAUAUGCUUUAAUGGAAGCAUUGGAUUUUACAGCUUCCUGUGCGAGGUCCUUGUGGUCCCACUGGGCAGGGUUAGGGCCAAAAAUUUGAAACUCUAUUGAUCUGACAAUUUAACGUGCAAAUGAUGUCUUCUAACCUUCUUUAAUUAAAUGCAUGGACUUCAAAUUCACUGGUGACUAAAUGUGAAGGAGAGAGGUGGAUUUGAAGAGGCCAGACCUUAACCAAAGAUGCUGAAAUACAACGUGCUGUCCUUUCUGCUCUAGAAACACCUUCACCAAUGGUGUCAGGACCAUGUCAUUACUGAGGCCGUCAGUCAGCAGUGCGGGAGGAUGCGCUUCGUCGCUCUCUGCUUCCUCCUGCAAAAGGUCGUGAAAAAGAGCCAAUGUUUUUACAGUCAGACUAGUUACGUCCAUUGAAAACAGAAUUUCAGAGUGGUUUCUUAAAUUUCUUUAGGAAACCAUUUCCAUUUACCAGUCAUGGACAGAGGCCAUGGGACUAUGCUAAACCAGUAAAACCUUAUCAGAUUCUUAGAUUCUGAUUUAGAGCAUCUGUGCUUUCAAGUACCAUCUGAAGUGCAGUGGCUAAGGUUGUCUUUUGAUCUUUUUUUCUCCUUUGUGUGAUCAUCACAAAUGCCAUUUCUGUUGCUUUAGUGGUGAUCAUAAGAUACUUCUAAUACAUAAAUGAACGGGUAUUGGUGCCUCUUGAUUUUUAAAAUUUUGAAGAAAAGAGCCACCUCAUAUUCAUAGGGUGUGUGAGUAUUUUGUGGGUGAAUGAGCCUUUGAUUGAAACUAAGGAGAUUAUGAAGUAAAUCUUUUGUUUUGACUUUUGUGUAGCAGCUGAUGUAUACAGAGACACUAAACCCCACGCCACAUUUUGUGGGGGAAUGAGGAUCCUUUUUUCUCUCCAGGUAGUCCCACAGGUUAUGCAGUUUAAGUUCAGUAUAUUUUACGCUGUGAGUUAUUUUCCACCUCGGUGGUUUCAGCCUUUGGGACAGUAGAUACUGCAAAAACCAGGAACUUUGGUUUAUCUGCACAAGACAAGCUGCUGGUAGACAUUAGCCCUCUGGUUUUCCAGCUCAACCUCUGAUUAAGUGGAUUGACAGUCAGGCUGGCCAGUCUACUUAGUCAGCUGACUCAGGUUAUUUUCAGGGAAGGCAUGGAGGCAUGUUCGGUUAAUUUCAUCACUAGGAUGUGUAAGGUGAAGACACAAACCAAAUACCUUUAAUUACUUAACUCUUCGUACAUUGUCUUUGGUAACACUAGAAUGCUCUGGUCUUGGGGGGAUGUUAGCAAGGAACACAACAGAAGGUUUGGUGCUUCGUAAGCCUGUCCAGCUGUGGCAGGUUUUAUGUGGCACAAUGGUGUUUACCAUAAGCAGGUACAAACUUCAUGAACUGUUCUUAACGAUAAUUAAAUAGAUACCAAAAAUGGAAUGACAAAUGUAUUUUAAUAGCAGAUGAGGCAAUUAGUUUUAGGGCGAGUUUUUCCGCUGUUGAUUCUACUUCAAGACGUAGGGAGAGAAAACAGUUUCGUUUUCAAGACAUUUCCCUCUACAGUUUGAUACUGUAGUGAGCAUAUGCUUCACUUACUUCCAAAGAGGCAGAAGCAGCUGGAACUGGCUUAUAGCACAUGCUUUGUUUCACGUUAUGGGUGAUGACCUACACUCUUAUUUUAAUGUUCUCCAGCAAGGCAGAUGUGGGGCUCACGAGGACUUAGUGCCUGAUCUUUUCUUUGGGGAAGGGGUGGGAGUGAAUGUAUCGGGGAUGGGAGGGAAGCUAAGAGAAGAAAAUGGGAGCGUGAAUGAGUGUGCAUGUGUCUGAAAUUCACCAUUACCCCCACCUGUGUCUAGCAAGGAACAGGUAUUUAAUGUAUUUUGCUCCUGACUGCAGUGUGCAUGUAUUUUUUUGCCCUCCUCCAUGUUUUCUAGACUUAUACUAAAAGGAUUCAUCAAAUCAUCUUGUUCAGAUGGCUCAGGAUUGUAUUUCUUUUGCUUACCCUGUGCUCUUGGGUUCUAUAGUAUUUCUAUAAUUAUGUAACAAUAGUGUUGCACUGUAAUCUAUCAUAUAGAGCUAUAUGUAUGGAAAAUUUUGAUCAGUUUUUUUAAGAAAUGUAUCCUGUUUGCAAAGGCACAAUAAAGUUGCAUCUUAUAGACUAUAGGCAAUAAAGCUAACAAUAAACCUUAUUUAACACAAA